GCUCUCUAAAUGAAAAUGAAAGUAAAUGUACGAAGCUACUUUGUAGCCAUUUUAAAUAGACUGAUUCAGUUAUUCAGUUACAAUGUCAAUUAUAAUCUUUUUUCUACCUGAUGGAAAAUCUGUAGGCCUUAUCUGAAUCGUUCCAUUGGGAGCCGGUGCUGAAGAUCAAACUCUUCAGAUUCAUCAUGGAUGAAACAGAAACAUCUGGAGAUGAGGAUUUGUUUCAACAAUGCAGCUUAGUUCAUCAGAAGAAAUCAGAAGUUGAGCCCAGCUGUGUGUCUAUCAAGAGUGAUGCAUCUAUGGAUCGACCGAUAUGGUUAAAGAGUGGAGAGACACAUCCUGAUCUCAGCUCAGUUUAUCAGAAGAAAUCAGAAGUCGAGCCCAGCUUUGUGUCUAUGAAAAGUGAUGCAUCUAUGGAUCGACCGAUAUGGUUAAAGAGUGGAGAGACACAUCCUGAUCUCCGCUUAAUUCAUCAGAAGAGGUCAGAGGCGGAGCUCAGCUGUGUGUCUAUGAAGAGUGAUGCAUCUAUGGACCGACCGAUAUGGAUUAAGAGUGGAGAUACACAGCAUGAUAAGAGAAAUAUUCUGACCGGAGGCCUGCAGCAGCAUUCACACCAACCAUUACAUGAUGAACUACAGAGAGUCAAAGAUCAGCACAAAACCAUCAUGAAGAACAAGUUUGAGAGAUUAUUUGAGGGAAUCAACUUAAAAGAGAAUCAAACGCUCCUUAACAGGAUCUACACACAGCUCUACAUCAUAGAAGGAGAGAGUGAAGGAGUCAAUGAAGAACAUGAGGUUUUACAGAUAGAGAAAAAAAACAGAGCAAAACACUCACAGGACACUCCAAUCGAUUGCAAUGACAUUUUUAAAGCCACGGCUGAACCAGGUCGUAAGAAGAAAGACCAAAUCAAGACCGUUCUUACUAAAGGCAUUGCUGGAAUUGGAAAAACUGUCUCUGUGCAGAAGUUUAUUCUGGACUGGGCAGAGGGAAAAGCCAAUCAGGAUGUCGAUUUCAUGUUUCUUCUUCCAUUUCGAGAGCUGAACUUGAUUCAAGAUCAUCAGUACAGUCUUCACAGGCUUCUGCUGGACUUUCAUCCUGAAAUUCGAGAUCUGGACUCAACGUUUUAUGAGAAGUGUAAAGUUGCAUUCAUCUUUGAUGGUCUGGAUGAAAGCCGAAUUACACUGAUGUUUUCAGAUGCUAAAAAAGUUUAUGAUGUGACAGAGAUGUUAUCAAAGGAAAAGCAGAUGUCAAAGCCCAAUAAGUUUUCAGACAAUGAAAAAGUUUGUGAUGUGACUGAGACUUCAUCAGUGGGCGUUUUGAUGUCAAAGCUUGUGAAAGGAGAGCUGCUUCCCUCCUCUCUCAUCUGGAUCACCUCCAGACCAGCGGCAGCUAAUCAGAUCCCCUCCAAAUACAUCAACCGUCUAACAGAAAUUCAGGGAUUCAAUGAGCCUCAGAAGGAGGAAUAUUUCAGGAAGAGAAUCAAUGAUGAGCAUCAAGCCAGCAGAAUCAUCUCACACAUCAGAAGAGCAAGAAGUCUCCACAUCAUGUGCCACAUCCCCGUCUUCUGCUGGAUCUCAUCCACUGUGCUUCAGAAGCUCCUAAAAGAAGAUGAUCUUAGAGCAGAAAUCCCUCAAACUCUUACUGAAAUGUAUAUCCACUUCCUGCUGAUUCAGAUCAACAUGAGGAAUCAGAAGUAUGAAGAGAAUGAUUCAGAGAAACUUCUGCAGUCCAACAGAGAAGCGAUUGUGAAACUUGCUGAAGUGGCUUUCAAACAGCUGAUGAAGGGUAAUGUGAUGUUCUAUGAGGAGGACCUGAUUGAAAGCGGCAUAGACGUUACAGAUGCCUCAGUAUAUUCUGGGAUCUGCACUGAAAUCUUUAAGGAGGAAUCUGUUAUUCGUAAAUGGAAAGUCUACAGCUUCAUUCAUCUGAGCUUUCAGGAGUUUCUCGCUGCUUUCUACCUAUUUUACUGCCAUCUGAAGAAGAAUAUGGAGACAUUGCAGGUGUUUCUAGAUCAUACACAUCAGGGAUACAGAUCUGAGGAAAACGUUCUGUAUGACCUACUAAAAUCAGCAGUUGAUAAAACUCUUGAGAGUAAGAAUGGACGUCUGGAUCUGUUCCUCCGGUUCCUCCUGGGCAUCUCACUGGAGUCUAAUCAGAGACUCUUAAAGGCUCUACUGAAACACACAGAGAAGAGCUCAGAGAGCAUCAGGCAAACCACACAGUACAUUAAAGACCAGAUCAAGGGGAGUCAAAAUUUAUUGGACUUAAUCAAGUAUGAUGAUGGCAGUCUCUCAUCUGAUAGCUCCAUCAAUCUGUUUCUCUGUCUUCUGGAAGUCAAUGAUCAGACUCUGUCCAGAGAGAUUCAAGAGUUUGUAAAAUCAGAUAAACACUCAGUGAAUGAACUUUCUCCAUCUCACUGCUCAGCAAUCGCCUACAUGAUUCAGAUGUCAGAGGAAGUUAUGGAUGAGUUGGAUGUUCAAAAAUACAACACAUCAAAUGAGGGAAGAAGACGACUAAUACCAGCUGUGGCCAACUGCAGAAAAGCCUUACUUUCUGGAUGUGAGCUCUCUGAUCAGCACUGUGAAGCACUGUGUUCUGCUUUACAAACAUCAAACUCCCAUUUGUGUGAGCUGGAUCUGACCAGCAAUCACCUGCAGGAUUCUGGAGUGAAGCUGCUCUCUGUUGGAUUGAAGAGUACACACUGUCGACUGAACAUACUGAGGUUAUGUGGAUUUAAUCUCACUGCAGAGUCUUGUGAAAGUUUGUCUUUAGCUCUACAAUCCUCAAACUCUGUCCUGAGGGAGCUGGACCUGAGUAACAAUGAUCUGCAGGAUUCAGGAGUGAAACAUCUUUCUGAUGGACUGAAGAGCUGCAAGCUGGAAAGACUAAGAUUUUCAAUAUGUAACCUCACUGCAGAGUCUUGUGAGAGUUUGUCGUUAGUUCUACAAUCCUUAAACUCUGUCCUAAAAGAGUUGGACCUGAGUAACAAUGACCUGCAGGAUUUAGGAAUAAAGCUUCUUUCUGAAGGACUGAAGAGUCCCAACUGUCAGCUGGAGAUACUGAGAUUGUCUGGAUGUAUGGUGACAGAAGAAGGUGUUGGUUAUCUGUCUUCAGCUCUGAGUUCAAACCCAUCACAAAAAAAGCUGGACCUGCUGGACCUGAGCUACAAUCACCCAGGAGAAUUAGGAGUCAAGCUGCUUUCUGAAAAACUGAUGGAAAACACAUACACACAGGAAAAACUUAAUGUUGACCACGGAGGAAAAUUCAGGAUAACAGCAGGACUGAAGAAAUAUGCGUGUUUUCUCACACUGGAUCCAAACACAGCAAACAAUAAACUUAUUCUGUCCGAGGAGAACAGGAAGGUGACGUACGUGAGAGAGAAACAGCUGUAUCCUGAUCAUCCAGACAGAUUUGAUGCAUGUCAACAGGUGCUGUGUAGAGAGAGUGUGUGUGGACGCUGUUACUGGGAGAUGGAGUGGAGUGGAGAGGAUGGUGUGUCUAUAUCGGUGUCAUAUAAGAGCAUAAGCAGAAAGGGGCGGAGUGAUGUUUGUGAAUUUGGAUGUAAUGAUCAGUCCUGGAGUUUGUGCUGCUCCCCUGACAGUUACUCAUUCACACACAAUAAUUUACACACUGAUCUCCCUGAAGAGUCUAUCAGCAGCAGUAAAAUAGGAUGUUAUGUGGAUCACAGUGCAGGAACUCUGUCCUUCUAUAGCGUCACUGAUGCAAUGAGCCUCAUCCACACAAUCCAGACCACAUUCACUCACCCUCUCUAUCUGGGGUUUUCUGUUAAUAUGGGAUCAUCAGUGAAACUGUGCUAAUGAAUGAGAUUCUACCCACAAUCCUUUGCACUCAUGCUAAAUCUGUAACAUUGGCUACGUUUACAUGGACAUUAACAGAGAUGUAAACAGAGAUUUUUGAUUUCCUUAAACUGGCUAAAGUCAUAAGCUAAGCUAAGCUAAGCUCAUAUAAUGUGGACAAACACUGCAGAUCCUGCAGAUCUUGUAUUGAGUCACUGUUAUCUUUUUGACUGUUGGGUUGGUUUUAUUCUCUAAAUGUGAGAAACAAGAAUAGUUUUGAUAGGAUUAUAAACCGGUGAAGUAAAAUAACUGGGAGGUAGCUGAUGACUAUGGCUAAGUUGUAUAAGAGACAGGUUUUAGGUAAAGCCAGUGGUGGUUCUGACACGUACACAGCAGCGUUAUCAAGAACAGGCUUGUUUCAUCAGUAAGGAGCUUGAAAACAGGGGCAUGUGCAUUAUUCAACAGUUGACCAUCCCAAAUCAACAAAGUAUUUAUUUAUUGUUUGUGUGAUGUUUAUUUCAAAUUUCAGAUAAUUGAGGUUUUUCUUAACAUCAAUAUUUCAUCAUUAAUCAUCAAUUUGUUUUAAAAAUGCUGUUUGUACUGUUGAGAAAGGCAUUGAAAUAAAGAGAAGCGCAAUAUGAUCUUUA